CUGGGCAUCGGCGACGCCGCGGUGGUCCCGGCCUACAGGAUGGGCUUUCCCGAGGCGGCCCGUUCUUUCGGAGCUCAUGACAUUGAGGCUGCUCCGACCAGCUCUGCAGGUGACGGAUUUAAGUCCCAACUCUUCUUUAAGGAGGUCGAGAAGAAGCUUGAAGAGGAAGGGGAGCGGUUUGUGAAGAGGAUCGGUGGUACUUUUGCCUUCAUUGUGAAGGAUGGCCCCGGGGGAAAGGAAGCCACGUGGGUGGUAGACUUGAAGAACGGCAAAGGCUCGGUGCUCCCGAACUCCCAUCAGAUGGUCGACUGCACGAUGACGAUAGUGGACUCGGACUUAAGGGCCCUGAUGACUGGGGAAAUGAACCCUCUGGUAGCCUUAUUUCAAGGCAAACUGAGAAUCACAGGCAACGUGGGCUUGGCGGUCAAGUUGCAGAACCUUCUUCAGCAGGAGCUGGGGAAUGCCAGGCUGUGA